GCUGCUGCAACGACAGUCAAAUCUGUCCCGGAAGACAGGGCCUAGCGCAAAGUACUUCCGGGACAGGUGAGCGCCACCACCUUGGGGGUGUGCGUCAGAGCUCCGCCUUCUGGAGCCUCUGACGUGUCUGCUGUCCAUUGGCUUUCUCGGGAAACCUCGGGCCACCACAGUAGUUGUUGUUCACAUUUAUUAUACCUGUGCUGCGUCCCUCCCAUGCUCUUGGCUGUGGAAGGUUUGUUUUUAGGGGAGAACAGCAUUCACCCUGAUAAACCUCUCACAGAUCUUCUACAGUGUCCUUAACGUAUCUUCCAAUACGAAGCCCUAUUUCCGACUGGGCCUUGAGGUGUAAGGUCUUGCUACAAUUUAGUCCUCUUUAUCUUCCCCAUAAUAGAUUGAAAAUAAAUUCUUUCUGCUGGUCCUAAUCAUUUCAGUCAGGCAAGUUAAACGUCGGAUUACAGUAUCAGCCCCCGCUUCCUACUCAUCCACAUUCCCACGACUUCACUAGCUUCCAAACCUCGUUCCUGUCUAACCACUUUACAGAACAGUCAAAACCAGUUUAUAUUACUCUCGAGUGUGGAAGGUCGCGAGGGGGGAAAAAAGCCGAUCUUGACCGGAAUGAGCGCAGGGUCCCACCUGCCUCAUUUGGAGACCUGAGAAAAUCUCUUCCAACGCCCGCGACUCAGAUUAAGUAGCCAAUGUCCCUUAUCAAGUAUGUCAACAACUAUUUGUCCCUCCCCCUUAUUACAAAUGAAAGAAGGGGCCCGUGUCACCGCCCUAGAAGGGCCAAAAAAAAAAAAGGCCCCUUAAGACAUUUAUAUCAGCCCCGCCCACACGCCCUUCGAUUCCUUCCGCGUCUACAAAGAGUAGUGGGAAGGGAGCGGGAUUACGUUUGGCUGACGCAACGAGCGUGGCGACGCGGUGACGUCACGACAGGCUUGCGUGACGGGGGCGGAGUCUCACUUUGAACCUGUUUGGCGGGAGCUGCGGCUUGGAAAGGAGUGGUGGCUGCUGCUGCGGGGUCCCAGCCGACCCUACCUGGGAUGGAACCCACCGCAGGGAGUGAGGAGAGCGGAGGAGGCUCCGCGACAGAGGAAUGCCUGAAUCGGGUCCUGGUGCCAAGACCGCCCUCUAUUGAGGAAUUCACCAUUGUGAAGCCCAUUAGCCGUGGCGCCUUCGGGAAAGUGUACCUGGGGCAGAAAGGCGGCAAGUUGUACGCAGUAAAGGUUGUCAAAAAGGCUGACAUGAUCAACAAAAAUAUGACUCAUCAGGUACAAGCCGAGAGAGAUGCGCUGGCACUAAGCAAAAGUCCUUUUAUCGUCCAUUUGUACUACUCGCUGCAAUCAGCAAACAACGUCUACUUGGUAAUGGAAUAUCUUAUUGGUGGAGAUGCCAAAUCUCUCCUACAUAUAUAUGGUUAUUUUGAUGAAGAAAUGGCUGUGAAAUAUAUUUCUGAAGUAGCUUUGGCUCUAGAUUACCUUCACAGACAUGGGAUCAUCCACAGGGACUUGAAACCGGACAAUAUGCUUAUUUCUAAUGAAGGUCAUAUUAAACUGACAGAUUUUGGUCUUUCCAAAGUUACUUUGAAUAGAGAUAUCAAUAUGAUGGAUAUCCUUACAACACCAUCCAUGGCUAAACCUAGACAAGACUACUCAAGAACUCCAGGACAAGUAUUGUCUCUCAUCAGCUCUUUGGGAUUUUACACACCAGUUGCAGAAAAAAUUCAAGAUUGUACAGAUAGUCUUUCAGCCCAUGUAUCUGAAACAUCACAGUUUUCUCAAGGACUAAUUUGUCCUAUGUCUGUAGAUCAGAAGGAUACUACUCCUUAUUCUAGCAAACUACUAAAAUCAUGUCUUGAAAAAGUUGCCUCUAACCCAGGAAUGCCUGUGAACUGUCUAACUUCUAAUCUACUCCAGUCUAGGAAAAGGCUGGCUACCUCAAGUGCCAGUAGUCAGUCCCACACCUUUCUAUCCAGUAUGGAAUCAGAAUACCACAGCAGCCCCAGAUGGGAAAAGGAUUGCCAGGAAAAUGAUGAAGCAUUGGGCUCUACAAUGAUGAGUUCAAAUACAAUUGAAGGACCUUUUUGUACAAAAUCUACAAAUGCCAUUGAGACCAGAAAUUUCAAUAAAAAAGAUCUUGAGUUAGCUCUUUCUCCCAUUCACUCCAGCGGUGGCAUUCCUGACACUGGAAGCUCUGGGAAAGUUUCUUGGGAAGCAAGAGAACUGGACGUAAAUAACAUUAAUAUGCCCACUGACGCAAGACUGUCUGGUUUUCAUCAGUUGCAUCAGUGGAGUGUGGAUUCUGGUAAUAUGACUGAAGAGCACCUUAGAAGAAAAGGUCUAAAAAGAAGCUUCGAGUUAGUUGAAUCUAGUCCUUGUCAGGAAACUGUACAGAAUAAAAAAAAUUGUGUGGAGUAUGAUUGUACCAAUGAAGUGAUGGAUUGUUACGCAAAUCAAAGUACAGGCUUAACAACUGAAGUCCAGGACCUUAAGAUAUCGGCAUACAGAAGUCAGCAAAAUGACUGUGAUAAUAAGGAGAACAUUGUCAAUUCUUUUACUGAUAAACAACAAACACCAGAAAAAUCACCUGUCCCAAUGAUAGCAAAAAACCUUCUGUGUGAACUAGAUGAAGAUUGUGAAAAGAACUGUAAGAAGGACUACUUAAGUUCUAGUUUCCUGGGUUCUGAUGAUGACAGAGCUUCUAAAAGUAUGUGUGUGGAUUCUGAUUCAUCUUUUCCUGGGAUUUCUAUAAUGGAAAGCUCAUUAGAAAAGCAGUCCUUAGAUCCAGAGAAAAGCAUCAAAGAAUCCUCUUUUGAAGAGUCGCAUAUUGCAGACCUACUGAGUAUAUCACCAAACCAUCAAGAAAAUGCCUUACCAAAAGGUGAUGAGAAUCCUGCUGUCCAAGACAAUGAAAAAAUGUUAGCUCCUUCUUCAGAUGCGCUGAAAACAUUAACCGUCUCUAAGAGAAAUGCCGUAGCUUUUCGAAGUUUCAACAGCCAUAUCAAUGCAUCCAAUAACUCAGAACCAUGCAAAAUGAGCAUUACUUCUCUAGAUGCAAUGGAUAUUUCAUGUGCUUAUAGUGGUUCAUAUCCCAUGGCUGUAACCCCUACUCAAAGAAGAAGAUCCUACAUGCCAUAUCAGCAGAUCCCAAGUCAGAACAAGUCAGGAACUCCAUAUCGAACUCCAAAGAGUGUGAGAAGAGGGGCAGCCCCAGUGGAUGAUGGGCGAAUCCUAGGAACGCCGGACUACCUCGCACCUGAGUUGUUAUUAGGCAGGGCCCACGGUCCUGCGGUAGAUUGGUGGGCACUUGGAGUUUGCUUGUUUGAGUUUCUGACAGGAAUUCCCCCCUUCAAUGAUGAAACACCACAACAAGUAUUCCAGAAUAUUCUGAAAAGAGAUAUCCCUUGGCCAGAGGGUGAAGAAAAGCUAUCUGAUAAUGCUCAAAGUGCAGUAGAUAUACUUUUAACCAUUGAUGAUACAAAGAGGGCUGGAAUUAAAGAGCUGAAACAUCACCCUCUCUUCGGCGAUGUAGACUGGGAAAAUCUGCAGCAUCAGACUAUGCCUUUCAUACCCCAACCAGCCGAUGAAACAGAUACAUCCUACUUUGAAGCCCGAAACAACGCUCAGCACCUGACUGUAUCUGGGUUUAGUCUAUAGCACAUACAUUUUCUUCUUAGCCUACCCUUAUGUUGUAGGAUAAGUCUGCGUAGGUCCAUACUCCUCAAUGCUGGACUGACCUAAGGAAAAUAAAUUAUUUUACCCGGGUCAGUGAGCUUUCAAUGUGUUAAAUCUACCACCAACUUCAGAAGCUAUAAAGAAUGUCAUCAGUAAUUUGUCUUAAUCUCAGAACUGUAUAUAGAUCUUCAAAGCUUUUUACAUCUUAUUUAUUUUCUGUUGCACUUUAUGAAAAUGAAUGCAUCAUUAAACUAGAAUGACACUAUCGCUUUAGAGAGCGAGCGAGCAUGAGUGCACUUCAUUUUCUUUCUCCUUGUCCACUGAUUUCUGUCCAUUUCUAGAUUUGUCUGGUGUUAAAAUAACAAAUACUAUACAGUUUCUCUUGAUUGUGAUUUAUUUGCACACGAUUGUCUGCAAAAGCUAUACUCUCAAGGGCAGUCACUUAAGGCUGCAUUUGUGGUAAAACUAAGGUCUCAAAAAUGUUGCCAGAAAAUUCCUUCACUCAGUUGUGUAACUCCUCUGGGAAUGAAGAAUAAACAAAAGGUCUAAGUGUGUUUUAACUUACUUUACUAUGAAUACGGUUGAAUAUGAAAUUUUGCUACCAUGACAGUUUCUGGCCUUUCUCUAUAAUAGUAUUUGUUUAAAAUGUUACUGGAAAGCUUAAUUAUAGCACUCUUAAUAGCUUGUUCAAUAUUAGUAGAAAAAUGUGAUGUUUUAAACAUACGUGACAUUAUCAGAGAUGGCCUAAUCCUUAAAAAACAAAAAAUAAUUUACUGUGCUUAAUAAAUACAGUUGUAACAUAUUUCAGGUAGAUCAUCUGUCAGCAUCAUUCAGAGAAUUCUGAGCUACUGAUUGUUCACCUGUAUAAUGGAAAUAAUAAAGGUAACUUUGGAAAGUUGGAAUAAGUAUAGCCAGAUUAAGGAACAAGCAGAGUGGCUUCCCAGAAUACCAAUCGUAUCAGGGACUUGAAACAUUACUGAUUAAACAGAGAAAAUGUACGAGACUAUUCCCAAUGCAGGAGACAGUGCUCCUGAGUGGAGGUCAAAAAACAGUUUGCUGUUAUACAUCUAGCAUGUGAAGAAGCUACAGUCCCCUGAAAUUCUGCAGCCAGGUAAAGCAUACCAUAAUGAUGUUGAUUGCAAACAAGUGAUUUAUUAUCCAAAUUUAAAUAACCUAAUACACCUCUCAGGAUGAUGUGGAUUCAGGUAUUGGUAAGGAAAACCUAAAGGGGACAAGAAUAAUGGGAAAAUGGGAAUGGUUUUGACAGUUUGUGUGUAUGUGUGUGUACACGUCUUUAAAGAACACUGACUGCCUCUGCCAGUAGAAAUUAAAGUGCAUCUGUUGCUAUAUAUAAUUUUUAUUAAUAGGAAAUAAUUUUCAUCCCUACUAAAUGUUAAUACAGAAAACGUUUGAAGAGGUAUCCAUAUGCCUUGGUCUGUUAGAAUUAAAUAAGGUGAAGCGCAUAGCAAACAAAAAGGUGUUUAAUAAAUGAUAAUUGGACCCUAAGUGGCCUGCAACUUCUUGGAACACGUGUCUUAAUUUUGGGUUUGGGAAAUGGUCACUAUAGAAAACUUUGCCAUUAUGCUCCAAAACAUCUUGAAAAGCAUUCAGAUGCAAUUGGUCUACUUACCAGAAAGAACCCUCUUACUUUUAGCCAAUAAUAAACAUGCUC